GUGGCUUGUUUUUUGUUUAUCAAGAUUUUGUUUAUCAAAGAAGGAGAACGUUGACAAACACGUGCUUCACCUCUGCUGGAAGAACAGACGACUUUCUAUCAAGAUCAACUCACAUCAAACAUACAAGAACAGAACAGCAUCUGGUUGAAGGACGGAAUCUACGAGCAACGGAACUAUGUCAACGGCUGUGAAGGAGUACAGCAACCAACAACUACGAUCUAUUGUUGUGUAUAGUCUUGAUAACGAUCUUUUGUCGUCAGCGCUAUUUGCAGCAGAGAAACUAGUUGCUGAGACGGGAGAUCAUAAUGAGGACUCAAAGUUUCUCUAUGGACUGGUUCUAUUGAAACAGUCUAGAUUCAAAUGUGCAUACAACUUGACUGCAAACUCCCAGCAUAUUGGAUGCGCUUAUGUGUUUGCUAAGGCUGCAUUGAAGUUGGAGAAAGGGGUGGAGGGAGUGUAUGCGUUGACGAGUACGCAGUCCUCCUGGGAAAGCCAACAGUUCUCCCUAUCAUCUUCGUACGAAUUUGAGAGAAGGUUGAUGCCAGACCCAGCAACGUUCUUCAACCUAUUGGGGAAGCUAUAUUCAUCCAUUGGUGAUAACAAAGAGAGCGCAAUAUGCCACUCAAAGGCGUUGAAGCGGAAUCCUUUCAUCUGGGAUUCAUUUGAAGAGUUAAAUAAGCUGAGGGCAAAUUUCAGGGUGAAGGCCAUAUACAAGACACCAUCUAAUCCAUCCUCAUUCCCAUUAUCUGGUGAUUCAACAGCAACAUAUGAUAAUUCUGAUCUGAGGGAUCCCUUUGGAGAAACUAGAACACCUAAUAUUCAACCCUUUAAAUCAUUUGGAAAUGCAGACUCGAGUCCAAAAACAGCAGUGGUUUCAGAUACGUUCGAGACUCCAAGAUUGAACCAAGCAGCGAUGCCUAGCGCACCAACUAGACGACUGAGAUCUUCCUCAACAAGCCGUGAUACAAAUACCUUCAAACAACCACAACAGCCUCCUCUAUCAAGAAGUAAAAUUAACAUACCUCGAAAGAGUUCAGCAACUGAAUUCUUUCAAAAGAAGACAAAGGUAUUGUUGGGGUCUAGUGAUGGUUCAACUUCCAACUUUAUGACCCAUGAAAACCUUGGUGCACAGUAUCUAUUGUCUUUGUAUGCGACGUAUGCAAGUGGGUACAAGGCAAUGUGUAGAUUUGAUUGUUUUAAGGCGAUUAGGAUCUUGAACACACUCCCUGAAAGUCACUUGGAGACGCCAUGGGUUUUAAGUAAAUUGGGGAGACUGCAUUUCGAAAUUGUGAAUUACCCCGAAUCAAAGGUGUAUUUUGACAAAUUGAGAAAACUAGAUCGAACAAGGAUUGAAGACAUGGAAUACUACUCGACACUGCUUUGGCAUCUCCACAAAGAAGUUGAGCUAUGCCAUUUGGCUCAUGAGUUGGUUUCUGUUGACAAAAAUGCCCCACAGACGUGGGUAGCGAUCGGAAACUUAUUCUCAUUGACAAGAGAACCUGAUGAAGCUAUAAAGUGUUUCCACCGAGCCACUCAGAUCGACGAGAAGUUUUCAUACGCAUACACUCUACAAGGACAUGAAUAUGUGGCCAACGAUGCCUAUGAGCAUGCAUUGGAGAGUUUCCGCCUUGCCUUGUUGAUGGAUCCAAAACAUUACAACGCAUUGUAUGGUAUUGGUAUGGUUUAUUUGAAGUUGGGCAAUUUUCCCCGUGCAGAAUUCCACUUUAGAAAGGCUCUUGAUAUAAACCCUGUUAAUGUGAUUUUGAUUUGUUGUUUGGGUAUGAUGCUUGAAAAAUUGGACGAACGUGACAAGGCCCUACACCAGUAUCAAUUGGCAUGUAAGAUUCAGCCACUGAGUGCACUCGCACGUUUCAAAAAGGCGCAGUUGCUCUUUUCAAUGGAACAAUACCAUGCAUCAUUGAUUGAAUUUGAGAGUUUGGUUGCCAUAGCGCCAGACGAGGCAAGUGUUCACUACCUAUUGGGUCAAUUAUACAGUAUGGCUGGUAAAAAGAAUGAUGCCAUUAAACAGUAUACCAUCGCAUUGAAUUUGGAUCCGAAAGGAAGCCAUUUGGUGAAGGAAGCACUGGAAAAGCUGUCUUCGCAAUGA